GGCCGUGUUGGGUAGAGAUGUAGGCAGGCAAGGCAGGAUAGGUAGGCGAACCCAAUUCGUCUCGUCCCCGUGGCCCGCCCGCCUUGGCACCCUGCGAAAUGACGGCGGCGGUGAUGAGGGGUGGUGGUGCUUGGAGGGAACUAGACGGGACGGGACGAAUGAGACGAAGCUUGUGCGUGUCGCCAGCUGCGCCGGGGCUGGAGUUCGCUCACCAGCCUGUUCGUUCACUGGAACUGGGGCAUGCGUCGUGGUGUGUGGCAUGCAGCGGUGGAGCGCAUGGCCGAGCGAGCGAGCGAGAGAGAGAGACAGAGAGGGAGGAACGGGUGCGCUUGCUCAACCAACACAGGGAUUUGCAUCGGGGGGAUCUCGUUAUCGUCAGCCUGCGAAGACCAUGCAAGACGAGCCCACGCCGAUGCUACGCUAUACAAGGGGGAUCCAUAGACUGGAGUGUGCGUGCUAGGACGGGGGGUGGGUCGACGUCUGUAUCCGACGGCUCUGGAUGGGGAGGGGGAGAGGUGCGGGAGUAUAGUAGACAAGUUCUCAGGCGCCGAGGCCAAACCAAUGAGUGGCGAGGCCACAGGACGCGGACGCUGAUGGGCGGACCAGACACGGGACGAGAGCGGGGCGGAUUGGCGAGGACGGAGGCAGGAGGGCGAAGAAUCUCAAUCGUAAACGCGGUGAUGUUGUCUAGGCCCACCUCCGCUGGUAACCUGCCUCAGCGAGGCGGCAGAAGGGUGCUGUUCAAGCCCACCUGCCCUACCUGUAGGUAUGUAUGCACAACCCUCACGUACCGCUACCUGGCCUGUAGCGCAGAGGCAUGUACCGUACGUACCUCGUCGACGUAGGUACCAGCAGGCAACCCGUGGCCAUCCCAGGCACCGAUCCGCCAUCGGCCGCCUGGCCACCCACUCGAGGGUGUUGCCGGUGCCAACGGCACAUCGAGGGAGGCCAGAAGGAGGCGCACCAUCUACACAUUCAACCCCAUGCACCAAGAUGGGGCGGGCGAUCCGACCCGCACCCCACUUGUCACGUCGUUU